GGGGACACGCCGGCCUUGCUGAGGGGCAUCUUCAGAGGCUCUCCCUGUUCCCAGCCGAGUGGUGUGCUCAGGAGGCUUCAGGUUUACAAGCACUGCAUCCCACUGGUGGAGUCAGGGGACCUGCACCUGGGCAAGGUGUCUGAAAUCAUAGGGCUGCUGAUGCUGGAGGCUCCCCAGCUGCCCAGCCAUGCCUUGGCUGAACUUGCCACCCUCUUUGUGGAUGUUAUUAAAGGUGGCAGCUUGGCUAAUGGGAAAUCCUUGGAGUUGUUUUCCACUGUUCUCACUGCGUUGGCCAGUUCAAAGGACAGCCUGGCUUAUGGGCAAGGUGAACUGAAUGGGGAAGAGUUUAAGAAACAGCUGAUAAAUACCCUCUGCUCCAGCAGGUGGGAUCCUCAGAGCGUAAUACAUCUUGCCAACAUGUUCAGGGAUAUUCCACUAUCAGGAGAGGAGCUGCAGUUUGUGGUGGAAAAGGUCCUUAGGAUGUUCUCCAAAUUAGACCUGCAGGAAAUUCCCCCUCUGGUCUAUCAGCUGCUGCUGCUUUCUGCAAAGGGCAGUAAGAAGACUGUUUUAGAAGGAAUCAUCAGUUUUUUCAAUCAGUUGGAUAAGAGACAAAAGGAAGAAGAGAAGGUUCCACAAUCAGAGGACCUUGAGGUAGCCACGACACCCCUAGACCAGCUCCGCCAUGUGGAAGGCACUGUUAUUCUCCACAUUGUUUCUGUUAUCAACUUGGAUCAGGAUCUAGGAGAGGAACUAAUCAGGCAUGUAAAGACUGAGCAACAGAAGGACCCUGGUAGAGCCCUGUGUCCCUUCAGUGUGGCUCUUUUGCUAUCAGUUGCAGUAAAACACAGACUGCAGGAGCAGAUAUUUGAUUUCUUGAAAACAUCAAUCACAAGAAGCUGCAAGGACCUGCAGUUCCUUCAGGCCUCCAAGUUUCUGCAGGAUAUGUUUCCUCAACAAUAUGAUGUCACUGCUGUAAUUCUGGAAGUGGUGAAAAACAGUGCGUUUGGCUGGGACCACGUUACUCAGGGCCUGGUGGACCUUGGCUUCAGCCUGAUGGAAUCAUAUGAGCCAAAAAAACCCUUUGGAGGAAAAGCUUCUGAUACCAGUUAUGGCCUUUCAAAAAUACCAGCCCAGCAGGCUUGCAGACUGGGAGCAAGUAUCCUGCUGGAAACAUUUAAGGUUCAUGAGCCCAUCAGAAGUGAUAUUCUUGAGCAGGUCCUGAACAGAGUCCUCACAAAAGCAGCAUCUCCUGUCAGCCACUUCAUAGACUUGCUGUCCAAUAUUGUUGUGUCUGCUCCUCUUGUGCUUCAGACUUCAUCUUCCAAAGUUACAGAGACCUUUGACAAUUUGUCCUUUCUGCCCAUCGACACAGUGCAAGGGCUCCUCCGGGCAGUACAGCCUCUGCUUAAAGUCAGCAUGUCAGUGAGGGACUCCCUGAUACUUGUUCUCCAAAAGGCUAUCUUUUCCAGACAGCUGGAUGCUCGUAAAGCUGCAGUUGCUGGUUUUUUGCUUCUGUUAAGAAAUUUUAAGGUUCUGGGAAGCUUGUCCUCUUCCCAGUGCAGCCAGACCAUUGGUGCCACUCAGGUCCAGGCAGAUGUUCAUGCCUGCUAUAACUCAGCAGCUAACGAGGCCUUCUGCCUGGAAAUCCUGGGCAGCCUGAGGCGCUGUCUGAGCCAACAAGCGGAUGUUCGACUCAUGUUGUACGAGGGUUUUUAUGAUGUCCUUCGCAGGAACUCCCAGCUGGCCAGCUCCAUAAUGGAAACACUCUUGUCCCAGAUAAAGCAGUAUUAUUUGCCCCAGCCAGACCUCCUGCCUCCACUGAAAUUUGAGGGAUGUAUUAUGGCUCAAGGAGAUCAAAUAUUUCUGCAAGAACCACUGGCCCAUCUGCUCUGCUGUAUCCAGCACUGUCUUGCUUGGUAUAAGAGCACUGUGCAGCUAUGCCAAGGAGCUGAAGAUGCGGAGGAGGAGGAUGUGGGAUUUGAGCAAAACUUAGAAGACAUGCUAGAAUCUGUCACACGACGAAUGAUCAAGAGCGAGUUGGAAGACUUUGAACUGGACAAGUCGGCAGAUUUUUCUCUGUCUUCUGGUGUUGGUGUAAAGAAUAACAUCUAUGCCAUCCAGGUGAUGGGAAUUUGUGAGGUCCUGAUUGAGUACAAUUUCAACGUUGGAAAUUUCAGUAAGAACAAGUUUGAGGAUGUUCUGGGCUUGUUUACAUGUUACAACAAGCUCUCUGAAAUCCUGAAGGAGAAAGCUGGAAAGAACAAAUCUACCUUGGGCAACAAAACUGCACGGAGCUUCCUGUCCAUGAGUUUUGUGUCUACUCUGCUUACAGCUCUAUUCAGGGAUGAUGCCCAGAGCCAUGAGGAGAGCCUGGCAGUUCUGCGCUCCAGCACCGAGUUCCUGCGCUACGCUGUCAGCGUGGCUCUGCAGAAGGUGCAGCAGCUGGAGGAGACAGGACAAACUGAUGGACCAGAUGGACAAAAUCUGGAGAAGAUGUUUCAGAAUCUCUGCAAAAUCACACGGGUUCUGCUCUGGAGGUACACUUCAAUUCCCACUGUCGUUGAAGAGUCAGGGAAGAAGAAGGGCAAAAGCAUUUCACUUCUGUGCCUGGAAGGUUUGCUGCGGAUCUUCAACACGGUGCAGCAGCUGUACCCUGCCAGGAUACCCCAGUUUCUGCAAGCCCUGGAUAUUACUGGUGGUGACGCAGAAGAACCGGAUAUUAAUGUCACGGAGAAAGCUGCCUUCCAGAUCCGACAGUUUCAGAGGUCCCUGGUGAACCAGUUCAGCAGUACUGAAGAUGACUUCAACUCCAAGGAAACACAGUCACUCAUCACAGUUCUUUCCACUUUGUCCAAACUCCUGGAUCCAGCCUCUCAGCAGUUCCUUCAGUUCCUGACUUGGACAGUCAAAAUUUGCAAAGAAAAUGCUCUUGAGGAUACCACUUGCUGCAAGGGUUUGCUGUCUCUGCUCUUCAAUCUGCAUGUUCUGUACAAGAGUCCUGUCAGUCUGCUGCGUGAACUCGCGCAGGACAUUCACGCUUGCCUGGGAGACAUAGAUCAGGAUGUAGAAGUGGAGAGUCGAUCCCAUUUUGCCAUAGUGAAUGCCAAGACUGCAGCUCCUACUGUCUGUCUGCUGGUUCUGGGUCAGACGGAUAAAGUCCUUGAAGAGGUGGAUUGGCUUAUCAAGAAACUCAGCAGUCUGGGAUCAGACACAUCAGAAGACUCUUCUCAGGCAUCAAACCAAACACAGGCUCUGGAGAAAGGUGUAAUUCUGCAGCUGGGAACUCUGCUGACAGUUUAUCAUGAGCUGGUACAGACAGCACUCCCUGCAGGGAGCUGUGUGGACACGCUGCUGAGAAGCCUCAGCAAGACAUACGCAAUUCUCACCUCCCUCAUCAAACAUUAUAUCCAAGCUUCCCGCAGCACCUCCAACACGAUUCCAGGAAGGCUGGAAAAGCUGGUGAAGCUCUCAGGUUCCCAUUUGACCCCACAGUGUUACUCAUUCAUUACCUAUGUACAGAACAUCCACAGUGAGAGCUUAAGCUUUGCAGAAGAGAAGAAAAAGAAGAAGAAAGAUGAUGAAACUGCUGCAGUCUCCACAGUCAUGGCUAAGGUGCUUCGGGAGACCAAGCCCAUCCCAAACCUGAUCUUUGCAAUAGAGCAGUAUGAGAAGUUCCUUAUCCAUCUCUCCAAGAAGUCAAAGGUGAACUUGAUGCAGUACAUGAAGCUGAGCACCUCCCGGGACUUCCGCAUCAACGCCUCCCUGCUGGACAGUGUCCUGCAGGAGCGCAGCACCGAGGAUGCUGAAAAUGAGCCAGACAAUGACCAGAGCAGCACAGCAGAGCAGACAGAUGAGAACCAGGAACCUAAAAAGAAGAGACAGCGAAAAAAAUGA